AUGAAGCAGAAACUGUCGUUUCCUUUCCCGUCCCAAUAAAUAUCCUCCACGGAUUGCACCUGGAUUUCGAUAAUUCUUUGUGUCUAAAUCAUAACUAUUCGAUACCAAUUGAAAGUUUUAGCUGAGUUAUGGCUGAAGGCAGAGAUACACCAGAUCUUCCAAGAGGUUUGAUUGAUAGAAGAGGAACUCCAUUAGGAAAAGGAGCAAGAUUACCCUCUUUAAAGGGACCUAGAGACUUGACUCUUGGAGGAAUUCCUAAGAAAGUAUUUACACCCACAAUCCCAGUACGGAAACCAGCUGAGCAAAAGGAUAAGAAAGUAAAGAGAGAAACUGAUCAGUCCAAGCAAGACCAAGGUGAUGUUAAACCAAAAGUUGACAAAGAGAAAAAGGGGAGACCUGUCAAAGAGAAGAGUUUUGACAAUUCUCAAAGGAAAUAUAAAGGUCAAAAUAUUAUUCAUACACACUCUAUAUUUGAGGAACAUGGACCUUCUACUAAAAAUGUAUCCAAAGCAUCAGGAGCAAACAGAGGUGAAGGUUCAGUAGGAGGUAGAUUCAAUACAAAGUCUUCAAGUGGUCAGACUAUAUCAAAGUCAGAAGUACAAGAGGAUACUAAACAAGUUCUGGAUUUUUUACUCCGGGAUGAUUUUAUAGAUUCUAAGGAGAAAAGAGAUAAAUAUAUGGAACCUGUCCAUUUACCACUAUCUAAAUUAAACCUGAAACUUGAGGAGAAACCUGUUGAGGUUAAAGAUGAUCCAGAUGCUGAUGAAGAAAUGAUUGAUGCACAUCAAAGUCAAAAAACUAAAUCUACAGAUGGUGUUUUAGAGGCUCUUACAAAAACAGAUCCAGGAGAGAUGUUAUUUUUCCAGUUUCCUGAUUGUAUGCCAGGUAACCCAGUAAAUAGAGCCCAAACAGAUGAAGAAGGAAAAGAAGAAGAAGCACAAACACAGACUCAGAGGUUAUCUGAUUUCUCUGAAGGAUCUGUUGGCAAGUUAGUCAUUAGAAAAUCUGGAAGGACACAACUGGUGAUAGGAAAUAUAACAAUGGAUGUCUCUAUGGGAACUAAAUGUGGCUUUUUACAAGACGUUGUUUCCAUACACACAACAGAAGACAGUGGUAAUUUGAGUGUAUUAGGACACAUAAAACAUAGACUUGUUUGUACACCAGACUUUGAUAGCAUGCUCAACACAUGAUUAUUUCUGGUAUUUGGAAUUGUAAAUUAUAGCUUUUGAGCUAUGAACUUGAAAUAUGGAGUUGGCCCAAGAAAAGGGCUCCAAAGCAGAUCAAUAUAUACUGAUGUCAUUUAGAAACAGAGACUUGUCAAGGCAUGCAGAUAUUGAUGAUAUAAUUAAACCUAAUGUGAAAAGAGAAAUUUGUUUAUUUUGUUUUAAGAAGUAUGGUGUUUUGAUUUACAAAUAAAAUUUAAGUUUUACGCAA